AUGUCUUCGGGGGGUCAGCGCAUCGAGUCUAGUUUAGAGUCUGGCUCUAGAUCUGAACAGGAAAACUCUGGGAGCCCUAGCUCCUCUCCCAAGGUGUCUUCGAGGUCCGACACCCAAUCGGAUCGAGGAGAAUCUCCGCUGGUUGAAUUAGCGGAUCGGGCUCGUUCUAAUGGAACAUCUCCGCGAGGUGACGCUACGACGGAACUUCAAAUAGUUCCUUUCGAGGUGGACCGACGUGAUGGGGAGGCUUCUGAGCACGUCGAAGAUGAGGUCGACGAAGGGGGUGAGGAAGAAGAUGAGCAAGGUGAGGAAAAAGAUCAAAGUGAGGAAGUCAGACCUCGACGUAAAGGUUCCAAGCGCAAGGGGGCCAUCGGGAAUCGACUAGCCCACAUUCCAUCACAGAUGACGGCUCAACGCCUCGAAGAAUUUCAGCUGCGGUACGGUUUUCGCGGUGAGUUGAUGGCACCGGGACCUGAAGAUCGACCAUGGCAUGCACCGGUGGGUUGGGUCACGCUCUACGAAGCGUGGUUCAGCCUUUGUCAUCUCUGGAUGCCUCUGCCGAGGUUGUUGACGGAUUAUGUCCAUCGUCGAGGCAUUGCGUUCUCGCAAAUCCUUCCGGCGGGAAUUCGGUUCAUGGUCGCGGCCCUGUUAUUUGGGAGCGAGGUCGGGGUCGAUGUGGACUGGCGUUUCUUCGAAGAGAUGACUACGGUUCAGAAAAACAACUCGAUCCCGGGCACAUAUACGAUAAAGGCUAGGAAAGACUGUUCCUUGGUUUAUCCCGUCAACAGGACGCCAAGCUGGGAGGCGUCUUUCUUUUUUGCUAAAGUGGACGAGGCGUUGGUCGUCGAUACGACCAGAAAUUUUAGGAACGAGUGGAGUCAUAGCAUCGACCGAAACGUCCAGCUCGAGGCUUUCCCGGAGGAUUUUCAGGCGAAUAUCCAGAAGAUUAGGGCUGUUGGGAUACAACAUUGGCCUGACAUUCAUCGCCGAAGAGUCGAGGCUGCCAUUUCUCGUAUUACAAACGCUAGUUGGAGAAGAGAAAAUUCUCUAAGGGAAAUAGCGAUUGCGAUGGCUCCAGUUCAAGUCAACGCGCCUAGUCUUGCUGCGAGGCUCAGGGCCAGUCGCAGUAGCGGGGGAAAUAAAAGUCGAGAAUCUCCCGCUCAACCGGGUCGUUCGACCCAAGUGAUGGCACCUCGAGUUAGUGAGGUCGAGGCUCGUCGAGAUAGCGGUCCCGCUGAAGGUCGCGCCCAAUCGGCAGAGCCUGAGGUGGGGGCUCAAGAGGAAGGUCAGCUCGUCGCCGAGGGGCCUGACGAAGCUGCGAGGCGCGCCAGAAAGGAGGCGAAGAAGCAGAGGAGAAGAGAGAAGAAGAAGAAGGAUGAGGUCGAGACCGCCCAGCUCGCCGAGGAGGUGGUUGUAGACGGCGAUCACGAGGAACCGGGAAAGAGGUCGAAGGUUGGCCCCACCGGCGACGGUAAAGCUCCGGAGGUCGAUUGGAGCUUCAAAUUCGAUUAUCCUGAAUCCGGGGUGCCUCUUGUCAAUAAUGCUGACAAAUGCGCCGAGCUCUUCGGACUGAUAAAGGGGUCUACCUCCGAGGUUCCCGCUGCUGAUGACGCGGUCUUUAAAGACAUGGUGGGCUACGCCUUCAAGUUCAUCGCGAGCUGUAACCGCGCGCGUGGUCGAUAUCACCGAACACUUCGAGCUGCUGCUACGAAGCUUCGUAAUGCUCAGUCCGCUGUGCAGAGGGCUGUGGAAGAGCGCGACGCUGCGUCUGCUCAACGAAAGUCGGCUGAGGAGAAAUGGCAGGUCGAAAAAAGAUGCUCCGAGCAAUUGGAAGAAGGUGUGAAGACGCUGACUGACAAGAUCGAAGAGCUGAAAGUGGAAAAUCAGGAUCUGAUCAGCAACCUGCAAACGGUCAAUGAAGCGAAGCUCCAGGCUGAGAAAGUGGUUGCGACCGAAGUGGCUCGCGUCAAGCGUCAUGCCGAGGAGAAGAUAGAAUCCGAGACUACUCGGAUUUGGGUAGAUGCGGAGAACAAGUUCUCGGGUCGCAUAGAUCGAUUGAGGACCUUUAUCGCUGAACAGGAGGCCAUCGUGAAGGUGAAGUUAGAACUUGUUCAGGCUCGAGGUACUCACGAAUGCCUCGAUCUCUUGAAGGACAAAGAGAUGACCGAAGUCGAGUUGCGGGCUGAUCUCGAGGCGACCAUGCGCGACUGCGAGCUGAAACUCGAAGGACUUCGGUUAUCUGAUCUUCAGGAAGGCGACAUGCCCCCGCAAUACCCCGAGACUCUGGACGGUGGUUCAACUCAUGACGAGGCUGAGGAUCAGGAGCAUCACGAGGAUGAAGAGGACUGA